UGAGGCCACAUAUGACUCAUCAAGAAAAAGUAAAUCAAAUGCCAGAUAAAUCUGUGCCUUCAAGUAGUUUUGCGGCUGAAGAUAAUAAUUUGAGGAUGUUCGACCAAGGCUACCUACCCCCCACACAUAGACCUGCAGAUUCUUGCUUUCCAAGACCGAUAUUUGCUCUAGAAGAAUGCCGUGUAAGUACUAAAGGAGCUACUGUUUCCAGAGAUUUUGAGCCCAGUGGAAAGAUGAUUGAUCGUGUCGCACAUCCUACGCAUGGAGUAUCUGCAAUGAGUUCAAGGGAAAAUACAGGAGCAUUUCCCGUCCCUUCUUCAUCUAGUUUCAUUUUCAAUGAGAAAGCAAAGGGGAGGUUUCCAUUCCUGUCACAAUCUGAAAUCGAUAAAUUCAGCGAUUGUGGUCUGCACUCCCAAUUAUUAUGUCCACCCAUGGACUUGACGGGUGGCUCAUAUCCCUUUCCGGAGUGGAAACAAAGAACAGUUACAUAUAGGGAAAGGUGUGCAGAAGAGGACUUUGUUGGCUUGCCUCUCAAUUCACAUGGUGAGCUAAUCCAGUUGAGGAAGUCGAAUGCUACACCAGGGUCCUCCAAUGGCUUGCCUACACAGAAUUUUACGCACUUGACAAGUAUCAGUAGCUUACCGACACAGAAUUUUACCCAUGUAACAAAUACAGGAGAUUGUUCGACUGCAUGCAACAAACAUUUUUCGGAAAGAGAACUUCCAAAUGAUCAGUUGAACUUCUUUCCUAUGCAGAAUUGUGUUAAACAGAAUCCUAGGUCACAUAUUCGAGAUUUGUUUGGUGCUACUUACUUGCAAAGUACUCAAAGAGCAGAUAUACAUCAGUUUGAUUUUGAGAGCGGAAGCAGCCACUCUUUUCACCCUCUUGUUUCAGACCGGAACCUGAUGAAUGUCUCUAUCAGUGGACGCGGACAAUUUGACCAGGUGAAGAACCAAAAGAUAGGUGGAAUGAUCUCUAAGGAAAAUUCAGGCUACACACCAUUGGGUGUGAAUCAACCAACAAUGCGGUUAAUGGGAAAAGAUGUGGCAAUUGGUAAAAGUAGCAGAGAGAUUCAAGGGUUUGAGGAUGGAACAUUGUGGACGGAUAAGGAAAUUAUAGCAGAGCAUUGUCCUUCAAGUACUGCCUUGGAUACUCUGUCAUUGAACAGGAAUUUCCAGCAUAACUGGUUUCCGUGCACAGCAUCGGGGAAGUUGAAAGAACCUGCCGCACAGUCGUUUGAAAUUCACAGAGAACAUGCCCCGCAGCAAAAUUUAAUGAUGAAAGCUCCAGAGUCCAGAUUUCCCCACGCUUACCGCAACUGGCAAAGCCAUUCCAUGUUUGAAAAUGGCUGCCUUACCGCCAACAGAAGUCCAAGUUCUAAUUUGAUCCGUUUUGCUCAGAUGCCCACUUCACCUGCAAUGUUUAAUGGGGCACCUAAAUUCCGAGAGCAAUUCAUGUCUGGAGCUGAAUCUCUACAAUCCCUACAGUUUGGCUCUCAACUACCGAUAUUAUCUGCUCCUCCUAGUACCUGUGGGCAUGGGGUUUUAAGACCUGCUGAACUCAAUUACAAGCAGAAUCCACCGCAUUUUGCAAAAUCAUCAUUCGGCUUCCCUUUCCUGAAUCCUGAAUGUAGAGACAAUAAUGUGGAGUCAUCAUGGUUUCAGAGCUCCUCUAUGGGCAUGCCCCCUUGGUUGUUACAUGCAACACUGCAGGUAAACCCCCCAAAUGCAGCUUCUCAAUCCUUUCCAAAUGUGGAUAGCAGACACCAUCAGCAUAUUAUGCCGAGAGCUAACUUUUUUAACGAGCAUCAUUCAUCGGAAAUUUCUUAUCCUUGCAAUUUCAUGACCUCUCAUUCACAAGUGAGGGAGAAUGUACCUACUCAGGCGACUACAGUUAUGCCUCCUCUUGCUCUAGCUGUUCAAGGAGUAAAUCUACAACCAACAUCUGGCACCGACAUGGACAGAAACAGAAUCAAGAUCAAAGACAGAUUAAAAACAAAAUCUUUCAGUAUCAAAGACCCAUAUCCCUUCAAAAAAACCAAGAGACUAGCAGUGAAAGCUGUAGAUUCAACAAAGGCUGCCAACAUGUUGCGCUUAGAAACACAAGAAAAGUUGAGUGCAGCUGCAGGAUCGUCAAGAGGGAACAUUUUAGAUGAAAUGCAGUCUAAUUUGAGAGCACUUGACCUCGACUCCAGUUGGAAGAAAGCAAGCGAUUUGGAUUGCAGCCAACACGACGUUCAAGAGGAUGGAUUCAAAACCUUUGGAGUUGAGUCUUCCAAAAUGGACAGCGUUGUGAGAACUACAGGCCCCAUUAAACUUUGUGCAGGAGCAAAACACAUCAUAAAACCGACUCCAAAUGUGGAUCAGGAUAACUCCAGGUCAAUCCGUUCAACAAUCCCCUUUGUUGCAGUAACUAAUGGUUUCAGAGAACCACAACCUCAGAAGAAAACAACAAAGAUUUACAGGUUUUAGAAGUUCACUGCUUAGGCCAGGGUACAAGAAUGUUCAUGCAUGAAUGCCAGAAGCAGCAUUGUUCAUAGGAUUUCAGGUUGUUGCGCUUGCAGUAACACUUGCCAAAUUAACUGUUGAAAACUUAUGUAUUUUCACAUCUAUUUCUUAAGCCAUGUUACGAUCUCCACAUUGCCGGAUCUGUAAAAUAUGACAUUUUAGCUUAUAUGCUUUAUCUUACAAUUUUAUUAUUA